AUGGAUAUCGAUAUAUGUAAUAAUAACCGCACGUUAUCAUUAUACAACGCGCAACAAACGUAUGAAGUACGCGCUAAUUUUGAUGUACCUAAUAUUGAUUUAAUAAAAUUUGACAGCGAAUCAAAUGAAGAAAAACAAAUGUUAAUUGAGAAAAAUAAACGAAUUUCAACGGAAAAUGAACAAAUUAAAAGUUAUCUUGGUGAUCAAUGUAGACAAAUUGACGCCUUGAAUAAUCAAAUCAAUAAGUUAAAACAAGAUAUUCAAGAUAGGGACGAAGUUAUUUGCGAACUAAAACCUUAUAAAGAUAUUUUUUCAACGUCUGAAAGAAAAAUUGAAUCUUAUAAACGUGAUAAUAUGAGAAAAAGCGAUGAAAUACAAACUUUACAAAAUAAUCUCAACAAUAAAAAUCAUGAAAUUAAUGUGUUAAAGGUAGAAAUAUUGUCAUUAGAUGAUGAAAUUAAAGAAAAGAACAAAACUUUAAAUGAUGAAAUUAAGGAUCUUAAAAAAAAGAACAAAACUUUAAAUGAUGAAAAUGGCAAAUGGCAAAAUUAUAUUGGCAAAGCAACAACCUUUUCUUUAAGUGAUGAUGAUGAAAAUCACACCGUUCAGCUUGUAAAAGAUAUUACAACAUUGCAAAGUAUGAUUGAAAAUUAUGUUGGGACUUUGAGAAAGGUUGACGUAGACUUUGGCGAAGUAAAUAGACUAUUACGCUGCCGUGGGUGUAAAGUAGAAGUAAAGCCUAUCCAAGAAAAUGACUUACCACUCGUAAAAGCUGUUUUACAGUGUUAUGUUUUUGAUGAGCUAAUUAAAAAUGCGGAUUCACUUUUUACAAAAAAUGAUUGUUUGGAAGCUAAAAUUUAUAAUCAAACUAAGAGUAUCCUUGAUUUAUUAAAUAAAUUCUUAAGAUCACGUGAUGGAACCAACGAGAUAACAAAUGCUUUUCCUAUUAAACUACGUCAACAAAUAUUUGGAUUUCUUGGUAAUCUUGGAUUUGCAGAUACAAAUGAUCGAAUACAUGACGUUAUAAGUUCUAUAAAAGAUCGAUUAAAUGAUUCAAUUAACAAAAUUCGAAAGUACAAAAGUCCACAAAAGAAAACAUUACACAAUGAUAUGGCAACUAAAUUAGUACGAGAAUUCAUUAGAAUAUGUUAUUUCCGCUUAAAGGUUCAAGAACCAAUUCCCGAACUAAGGUGGUUUUCAUUUUCCAAUUAUGAAAAAAAAAAUCAAAAACUUUAUUCACGUGCUAAAGUCGUACACAAAUUUAAAAGAUCACAUGAUUCUAAUAAAAACUUAAUUGCUACUUCCAUUAAUACUCUUAAAAAUUUUGUUUAUGAUAGCAUUUAUUCUUUUAAGUCUACGAAUGUAGACGAAGUUGACAAUCAAAAUGGUAAAAAUGUUAGUCAAAAUGAUGAUGAAUUUUUAAAAACCAAUCAAAAUGAAGAAGUUAAAAGUGGUAAUGUUUUAGAUAAUAAUCAAAUUGAUAAAAGUGGAAAUGGUGAAGGGGAUAGAUAUAGUAAUAAAAAUGGUAGAGGUAAAGAUAAAGAUGGAGGUAACAACAAAAAUGGUAUAAAUGGAGAUAACAAUCAAAACGGUAAAAAUGGAAAUAACAAUAAUCGAAAUAGUAAAGAUGGAAGUGAAAAUCCAAAUGAUAAAGAUGGUAACAACAAUCGAUAUGGUAAAGGCGGGGAUAACAAUCAAAAUGGUGAAGGUGGAGAUAACAAUCAAAGUGGUAUAGUUGGAAAUAACAAUCGAAAUGAUAAAUAUGGAAGUAACAAUCCAAAUAAUAGAGAUGGUGGCGACAAUCGAUAUGGUAGAGAUAACAAUCAAAGUGGUAAAGGUGGAGAUAACAAUCGAAAUAAUAAAGAUGGAAGUGACAAUCCAAAUGAUAGAGAUGGUGGAAAUAAUCGAUAUGGUAAAGAUGGGGAUAACAAUCAAAAUGGUAAGGGUGGAGAUAACAAUCAAAGUGGUAUAGUUGGAAAUAACAAUCGAAAUGAUAAAUAUGGAAGUAACAAUCCAAAUCAUAGAGAUGGUGGCGACAAUCGAUAUGGUAGAGAUAACAAUCAAAGUGGUAAAGGUGGAGAUAACAAUCGAAAUGUUAAAGAUGGAGAUAACAACCAAAAUGGUAAACGUGGGGAUAACAAUCAGUAUGGUAAAGGUAGAGAUAACGAUCAAAGUGGUAUAGUUGAAAAUAACAAUCCAAAUGAUAGAGAUGGUGACGACAAUCCAUAUGGUAAAGAUGGAGAUAAUAAUCAAAAUGGUAAGGGUAAAUUUAACAAUCAAAGUGGUAAUAGUAAAGAUGGAGGUAACAAUCAAAAUGAUAAAAACAAAGGUAGAAAUAGAUUGGGAUUCAAAAGACGUAGGUAA